AUGUUUCCAUCGCGAAUUUCCCGACCAGCUGCCGUUGUACGGCUCAACUUCAACUUGAUGCAGACACGAAACCGGUCGAGUCGACAAAAGAUCACAAUCUCCAUGGCCAAUGAAGUUAACCUUUCGUCUCGAAGAGUGAUGCGUAAGAUCCAACAGGGUAAAGCACGUCCCGCAAUAAUGUACCAGUUUGACACUUUGGUAGAACUAAGUGAUGGUUCAGUUAUUAAGCGUAGAUCACAAGCACCAAAGGAUGAAGUCCGUAUGAUCAUGGAUCAAAGAAACAAUGCUCGUUGGAACCCACACAUUCCAGAUUUGGACACAUCAGACUUGACUGCAGCCGGUAAGAUUGGUAAAUUCAAGUCUAAGUUUGCAGACUUUACGGGAGAAGAGGUUUCCAAGUCUACAAAGCCAGUAGAUGAAUUGACUCCAGAGGAAGAAGAUGCUAUCAAGGAAGAAGAGAAGAAGGCUGCUAAAGCAAGAGAUGCAGAGUUGUUUGACUUGAUGGGUGAAAAUGCCGAAGAAAUCACACAUGGUAAAUUGCACGAUCGAAAAGCAGAAAAGAAUAGGUUCAAAUAG